AUGGCGAGCUCGACGGCGACGGGAGAGAAGCCGGCACACCUGGGUGUGACGGCCCCCAUCGCCCUCAAUGGUCCAACACCCAAGGAGCUCGAGGUCACGGAAAGCCUGCUGGCCGAAUUGACAAAGCAAGGAUCCUUUGAAAGCGAAGAGGAGGCGAAAUUGAGAGAGGUCGUGCUUAGCAAGGUAAAUUCGCUCGUCAAGGACUUUGUCUACAAAGCCACGCUGGCGAGAGGCCUCUCCGAAUCCAUUGCCGCUACUUCCGGCGGAAAGAUUUUCUCUUUCGGCUCGUAUCGCUUGGGCGUUCAUGGACCGGGCGCCGAUAUCGACACGCUUUGUGUGGUACCCAAACAUGUCCAGCGAGAGGACUUCUUCUCAAUUUUCGAGGCGAUGCUCAGGGAGAGAAAUGAUGUCGAAGAAGUAGCGUGUGUCCCGGAGGCUUACGUGCCCGUCAUCAACACCAAGUUCAUGGGCAUAAAGAUCGACUUUCUCUUUGCAAGGCUGGCACUAGCGAGAAUCGAGGACAAUCUCGUCUUGCACGACAGCAACUUGCUCAAGAAUCUCGAUGAGAGGGACGUCCGGAGCUUAGGAGGUUCGAGAGUCACCGAUGAGAUUCUUCGGCUGGUCCCCAACGUGGAGGUUUUCAGGAUGUCGUUGCGGUGCAUCAAGCUCUGGGCACAAAGACGAGCAAUCUACUCAAACGUCAUGGGCUUCCUUGGUGGUGUGGCGUGGGCCAUGCUCGUCGCGCGCAUCUGUCAGCUGUAUCCGAACGAGGCAGCGGGCGCCAUCGUAAGCCGAUUCUUCAUCAUCUACUACCAGUGGAAGUGGCCUCAACCAGUUCUGCUGAAGAACAUCGAAGAGGGACCGCUCCCGGUGCGAGUAUGGAAUCCGAAGCUCUAUCCUCAAGAUCGGCUUCAUCGCAUGCCCAUCAUUACGCCUGCCUAUCCUUCAAUGUGCGCCACUCACAACGUCAGCCAGUCAACACAGAUGAUCAUGACACAAGAGUUUAAGAGAGGUGCCGAGAUCGUCGAUCGCAUUAUGGUGGGCUCGGCAAACUGGUCAGAGCUAUUUACCGGGCACGACUUCUUCCACAAGUACAAGUACUAUCUCCAGGUGGUGGCUAGCAGUGGCAGCGCAGAUCUUCAGCUUAAAUGGAGCGGUACCGUCGAGAGCAAGGUUCGGCAACUUAUCAUGAAGCUCGAGCAGGUGCCUACGCUCAUGUGCGCCCACCCCUAUAUCAAGGGCUUCGACCAGAAGAGCAUCUGCUACAAUGACUCUGAGGUCAGACUCGUGGCAACGGGCAACGUGCCUGAGGAGGUGGCAAAGCGAACAGAGGUGGAAGACCUGCCCAAGGAGGGACUCGGGGCAGACGAGGCGAAGGAGAAGGAUAUUGAGGCGAAACAAAUUGAGCAGGAGGAGGGCCAUCGGACCAUCUGGACAACAACGUUCUAUAUCGGCCUCUGUGUCGAGCCAAGACCAGCAAAUGUUGCUGGGCAGAGAAGGCUCGAUAUCUCGUUCCCGACGACACAAUUUACUCAAUUGGUUAAACAGUGGGACGGUUAUGACGAAUCUUCGAUGGGAAUCAGCGUGCGCCACAUUAAGUGGAGCCACUUGCCCGAAUAUGUCUUUGGUGGCGAGCCCAGGGGAAGCAAGCAAGCGGUUAAGCGAGACAAGUCAGGCCGGGCAAAGGGUCAGGCUGUGGAACCCACCUUGGAGAACGGGGACGCUCCAGCCAAGAAGAGAAGGUGA